UCUUAGAUGGCAAAUAACGCCGCGGAUUUGGAAAGGAAGUUGGAAAUGUUCAAAGGUUCCUGUUUUGUAACUCAGCUAAUGGCACUGUCAGUAAGUGUUGCUCAGCGAGCCGGUAAUAUCAUCAAGGACUGGGCAUUCACUGGGACCGGCAAAUCAUAUUAUAAAGGACCUGUAAGUUUACGAGAUUUAUACACGGAUGCCGAUAUUGCUGCAGAGGAUUGCAUCAUUUCAUCAUUACACAAACAUUUUGGAGGUAGUCUGAAAAUUAUUGGUGAGGAGAGCAUUAAACCAGUGGGAACGAGUGUGAUAAAUGAUUUUGAUCUCGGUGUUUUGAUGUAUGACAGUAAAUGCAGUGACGAAGUGCACCAAAUAACAUUGGAUGAUGUGGUUGUUUGGGUAGAUCCUUUGGAUGGAACUUAUGAAUUAGUUGCAGCUGAGGGCAGUAUAUCUCGACAGCAAGAAGUGACCGUACUUAUUGGUGUAUCGUGUCAAGGACGGCCAGUGGCUGGUGUUAUACACCAGCCUUUUUGGGGAACCAAUGCAGGAGGUCGCACAAUUUGGGCAAUCAAAGGAAUAGGCGUUCAUGGCAUAGAAAUUGUCAAAGGCAAUUCACAACGAUAUGCUGUUACAACACGAAGUCAUUCCACUCCUCAAAUUCGUGACACAAUGAACAUUUUGAGGGAAAAGAAUCUAAUUAGCGAUGUUGAAUUUGUUGGUGGAGCCGGAUUUAAAGUCUUGAAAUGUUUAGAAGGUGCUGCUGCUUAUGUUUUCCCUAGUCCUGGUUGUAAAAAGUGGGAUACUUGUGCUCCAGAAGCAAUAAUUACUGCAUCAGGUGGCAAACUUACUGAUAUCUCAGGCAAUGAUUUAUAUUAUGGUGCAGAUACGCAAAUAGCAAAUAGUGGUGGUGUGCUGGCAACAGCACAUUGGGUAAAUCAUCAGGACUUUGUGGAUUGCAUUCCAGAAGGGAUAAAAACACUUGUGCCCAAACUAGUCCGUAAUUGAUAUCUGCAUCACUCAAUAGAAAUCAAGUAUGAGCAGGUUAUGAUGGUAUGAUGUAUACUCACUUUUAUAGAUAGUUUAUAUACUCACUAUUAUAGAUAGUUUUUAUGUAUUUAGGAAAAUAAGCAAAUAUACCGAAAACUAUUAGGUGUUCAGAUUAGGAAUUCUCUUUCCACACCUGUCGUUUGUUAUUUGUGGUCAACUUUCAAUCCGAUCAAUGUCUUCUAAUUCAAGUGAUGUCGGAGCCCGAUAGAUAAUUGCUUUUUUUAGAA